UCUCGGCAUCAGUCGAAACGGCUGAGUUCUGUUUUAGAUUUCUUGGAUAUCUAAGACACUCCAUAACAGAUAACUUGUUUUGAUAGCAAGAGGUAUAAAGCGGAAUUUGAAAAUAUCACCUCAAUCUGUUGAUUAAUGAAUGAUAAAAAAUAAUAAUAUUAAAAAGUUAUUACCUAGCUUCAUCUGCAGCUGACGUAUAUAAAGAGCUCGAUCGAAAAGGACGGUUGCCAUAUCUGCAUACAAACAGUAAUGAGCAUCUAUUUAUCCAGUAUGAAUGAUCCAUGGUUGACGUGGUGAUUAAGAGUGUUUUAUAAACAUUUACCAGUKGAACUGCUGAGGACAUGUCUUACAAGAUGAAUUCCUCGGUAAUCAUCGCCAUCUCAAGCGAAGAAAACUCAAACAUCACUGUUAGUAUCGUUGAUGAUGAACUUCAUAUCAUCAAAAUGAGCGUAUAUCUGCCGAUAAUGUUCUUCAGUAUCACAGGAAAUACUUUGGUAAUACUCUCAGUUCUACUCUUCCAACGGUUAAAGACAGUACCCAACAUUUUCAUCGCUAAUCUUGCAGCUUGUGACUUUAUAACAACGAUCUCUAGCAUACCCUUUGAUCUUGCUUCUGAAGAACUUGGUUAUUGGCCCUACGGAGGUUUUAUGUGUAAGGUCCUGUGGCCCUUAGCGACAUUCUCGACUACUGCAGCUGUCUUCACGUUGCUAUCGAUCUCAGGUGACCGAUAUGGGGCUUUGUUGCAUCCGUUAAACUUCGGGAACAAAAUCACCAAGAAGAAAUGCUUCGUUAUAAUUUUCCUGGGGUAUGUUCUCGCUGCGUUGGCUGUCGUUCCGUACACGGUGUUUCUGAAAUACUACCCCAAACCAGAAUACGCACCGCAAUGCGGUGAAGAAUGGCCUAGUCUUAAAUACAGGAAGGCGUAUACUGUGUUCUUGUUUAGCAUACAGUACGCUAUUCCCUUGCCUAUUAUGACGUACAUUUACAUAAGACUAGGCCUACUGCUGUAUAACAGUACAAGAGUAGCGAACAAACUGAGUGGAGAGAAGAUGCCCUUAUCAUCAGCCCAAAACAUGAAAACAACUAGCGAGAUUUCAAACAAUUCGUUCAGUAGCUCUAAUAUAGUCAACCGAAGGCAAAUGUCUAUACAGAGACGCAAAGAACAGAAUGAGAAGACAGUCAAGAUGUUUUUACUCAUAGUAGCGAUAUUCCUCAUUUUUAUGCUUCCUAACCAGAUUCUUUGGAUUCUGUAUGAUUUUGGGGAUCCAGAGUUGCUCUCAUCGCAUAUUGACUUAGUAGCUUUCGUUUGUCGGGCUUUUACCUAUACCAACUCUGUUCUCAAUGUUGUUAUCUAUGGCGCAUGUAAUGGGAGCUUCAGAAUGGCUUUCAAGUCGAUUCUUAGAUGCAGGUGUGGGAAGCGACAUCAAAGGGAUCUCAAGCGUUCUUUGACAGUAUUCCAGGGUAGACACAACGCUGGUAACAAUCGGAGACACCCCAAAGAAAACUAUCAACAAAAGAACAAGACGGUGUCGUAUAGAAAAACUGAGUGGAGUACAGCUGAGGGGACAUCGAAUUCAUUCGACGAGACGUGCCAAGCGCACUUGCAAACAUCUGACAGUACAAAAAAUAAUUCGACUCCACAAUCGUCAAUGAACAAUUGCAGCGCGAUGCAGGGUAAAACACCAAUUGACAGUGGACAUUGUAAAAGUAAUAAUAAUAAUAUGUUAAAAGAAGGUGAAUCGUGUUUGCUGGAAGCUGAGAGACUGUUUAACAAGUUAUCUAAAGAAAUUGGCUUGGAAAAAGCAUUGAAUGUGAGUAAAUCGAAAGACAAAGUCGAACAAAACUGCAUCAAAUAUCUGCAAGAGACGAGGCUAUAAUGUCCAAUGUGGUCAUUCGCAUUGUCAUACAAUACAAGAUGCUUGGAAAUACGAUAUUCACGAGUUUUGAUACCAAUCUACUCGAUGUAUCAAGUCAGGAAGAAGUUACUUAAAUGAUAAGCAAAUAUUUAUUAAUUACGAUAACGCACGUUAUCUGGAAAAAAAACAUGCAUACUUUUCUACAAAUCUUGUUGUAGAAUGUAGGGCGAAUUGACUUGAAUUUCAAGCCAAUAACCUUCCAACAAUCUCUGACUGUUUACAGUUUUGUAGCAACAACGUUUGGUAGAUUUUACAUAACAUUCAGGCAAAGAAACUCCAAGCGCGCACCUGAGCCUAAAAUGAAACUAUUGCGUAAUAAUGUUACGAUGAAAUCGCAUCAAAAAAGUGUUUAUGCGCCCAACCAAUGACUAUGGGUUUUGAAUGGGAUAAUAUGAUAUCGUUUUUUUCCGUGAAAACUAAGAAAUAUUUCAAUUUGUAGUUUUUAGGCUUUUUAAAAAUAGCUUUGUUUUGAAUUCGCUUAGCGACAUUAGCAAUCUCGUUAUAACUUUGAUAACACUCUUGAAAUUGAUAUUUGACUCCUCGAUYUGUUCCACACCGUUACCUGUCAAAUAUUGAGCAUUAUUGAUUUGAAAGUUCCUUAAUGCAUUUAUAAACAAAAUAAAGGUAAAAUUAUCCGUCCUACAAAAACCAAGUAGGACUUUGGACAGUAAAACUACUUAGGAUUCUACUGGAAUGCCAAAGAUCUAAUCUUUCUGAAAUAACUUAAAUACUAGACAUUCCAGAAAAAAUGCGCGAACUGCUUUAUCGUGUUUCUGGCUUCGUUAUAAUUGAAAACUAAUGAAAUCUUUUUGAAAAAAAACUAAAUAUGGUUCUAAGUUAGUUAACGUUAGUUAUUGAUAAGUAAACAAUGUUGACCGCUUCGAAAUCAUUAGAAGCGGUUUUUGUCAAUGAUUAUAAUACAUACGCUUAAUUCUAUGAUAUGAAAUGAGCCUGUACUUUGAGUUGCUUAUCAGAAAAGAUACUUUUUCUUGAGAAUCAGCUGAAUUGGGCCGCAAAUUGGAAUUCAUAGACAAUAAGAUUAAUUAUAAAAUAAGUUAAUUGAUGAUUAAAAUCAUCAAGUAGGUGUAGUCAAUGUUGGUGACAUUAAAUACGACUCAGACAUGAGUUAAUGCUGUUACUACCCACGCAUCCACCUGAUCUGAAAUAGUGACGUAGAAAUGACGUCACUGUAAAACUGAGGUGCCAUAGAUGCUGUGAAAAUUGACCAGCGAAAAAUAAUAACUUGUCCACCAUUGAAAUAACAAUAUAAAACUCAUUAUUUAUUGUGACAUUGUUACCAACUUAUAUAUUUGUUACCAACAAUACAUUUUCAAUUCUCCGGGAAAUAGAAUUGAGCAAAAACUG